AUGGUCGCGACGUCACGGUCGGCGAGCUGGCUACCUCUCAACGACACUUUCUACCGCAGCCACCGCGUGUACUCGCUCGCCGGAUCUCCACUCGCCCGUGUAGAUCUCUCCGACCAUGUCAUCGCGGCAGCCAAGUGCGGUGGACCCGUUGCCUUGAUGCGAGACAGGUCGAAACCGGUACUGCUCGGGAAGUAUGACCUCGCAGCGGCAGGAGCGGGGACGAAGAUCUCGGUGUACUCGUCUGCUGGGCAGCUCCUCCAGACUAUCAUGUGGGACUCGCCGUCACCGAUUGUUCACCUCGCCUUCCUCUCCCCUCUCACCCUUCUCCUCCUGACCUCGUCCGGCAUCUACCGCCUCUAUUCCAUCUCGACGCACCCUUCUCUCCCUCCAUCGUACACCCAACACGCCAUCCCAAACGCAGACGACCACGGCGGCGUCCGGCAAGCAAAAAGCUGGGACGCUGGCUUUGUUGCCUUGAUGGAAAGCGGUGCUUUCGUCGAAGUCAAGGGCUUCGGAUCCGGCCGAGCGAGCGGCGGCGGAGCAGAUGGAGUGGACGGAUUUGACGGGCGAGGAAAGGGCAAAGGUCGCUCGGAUCGCGAAGGCGCCUCGGGAGGAAAGGCAACCAUGCUCGCUUCGACCGGCCUCGACUCGAUGCCGGACUGCUGGUGCGUCGUACCGCCGGACGUCAGCUCGAGUCGAGGAACCGAAGUGCUGCUCGCAAAGGGCGAGACGGUGUGGAGGCUUGACGAGAUUGACUGCGUGGACCAGCGCCUCUCCCGCGGUCCUUACCUCUCGAUCACGCCCUCCCCAUCCGGCCGGUUCCUCGCCCUCCUCUGCGCUUCUCCCUCCUCGAGUCCACCUCAACUCUGGGUCACCUCGUCCGACUUUUCACGCUCCUUUUCCGACGUCGCGCUCACGUCCGAGAUGUCCGAAGGCGAGAAGGGUAGGCCGAGAUUGCUGGAGUGGUGCGGGAGCAACUCGGUCGUCGUGGCGUGGGAGCGGACAGUCGUCAUGGUUGGGCCAUACGGCGAGACUCUCAAGUUCUUCUACACCGACCCCGUCCACCUGGUCUCCGAGAACGACGGCACUCGCAUUCUCAGUUCCGAGGGCUGCGACUUCCUCCAGAUCGUUCCUCAAUCCUCCCAAUCCGUCCACCUUCCCGGCUCGACAUCCCCCGCAUCGCUCCUAUACGAAGCCUCACUCGAGUUCUAUGACCGCAAGUCUCCUCGAGCGGAUGAAUACGUACGGAAUGGGCUGCUUGGAGGCGGGAACGGCGGAAGGGAGAUGCGAGAAGCGGUAGAGGGUUGUCUGGAUGCGGCGGCGAAAGAAUGGGAUGAGGACGAGCAGAAGAGAUUGCUGAAAGCCGCGGCUUUCGGCAAGUCGUUCCUCGAGGCGUACAACCCGACCGACUACGUACAGACGACGAAGAUUUUGCGGGUGUUGAAUGCGGUUCGAGACUACAAGGUCGGGCUGCCGCUAACCUGGGAGGAGUACCACGCCAUGCCGCCCUCGCACCUCAUCUCCCGCCUUGUCGCCCUCUCGCAACACCUGCUCGCGCUUCGCAUCUCUUCCUUCCUCGGUCUCUCAUCCUCGCCCGUCAUCAAGCACUGGGCUCAACAGCUCAUCGCCGCGUCGGCGCCUGGUGUUGCUCCUGUCAAUGACGGCGCCCCGCUGUCGGAUGAGGAUGUCUCGCGCCUCAUCGUCGACAAGCUGCAGUCCCUUUCGUCUCCCGCUCCACCCGCUACUUCCGUCACUGCCUCCGCCUCAGGAACCGCUUCAUCCGCCUCUUCGACUACCGGUCCAGUACCGGACGUCCCGCUUUCGUCAGGCGACAUCGCUUUGACCGCCUUCCGCCUCGGACGGCCACACCUCGCUGCGCUUCUGAUCGAGCGGGAACCGAGGGCCGGCAAGCAGGUGCCGCUGUUGUUGCGGAUGGGAGAGGGCGAGGAGGCGAUGAAGAAGGCUGUCAAGAGUGGAGAUCCGGAACUCGUCUUCCAAGUCCUCCUACACCUGCGCCAGAAGCUCUCACCAGGCGACCUCUUCCGCCUCGUCGAGCGCGUCUCCUCCACCAUCUCCGCCUCCGCCUCCGCCUCCUCCGCCGCAACCUCACCCUACACUCCUCAUACCCGCGACCCCGACCCAAUCCUCUUCCUCCAACUCUUUCUGCGCGAGAUCGGCGAAGACAAGGGAUUGCUGCGCGAUUUCUGGUAUCAAGAUGAUCGGCGGGUGGAGAUGGGCUGCGAGAUGCUUGUCGAGGCUGGGAGGGAGCAGGACUUCGGCGACAAGGUUGCGAAAGUUCGGCAGGCGCAGAAGAGCUUCUCGGAGGACAAGGAGCGAAGCUUCGAAACGAAGAUGGUCGACGAUCACAUCCGCCUCCUCGUCUUUCAGCAGCAGCUCGAGCAGGACUCGGCUGCCAGCGGCAAGACGUUCGUCGGCCUCAGCGUCAACGAGACGAUCCGCCAGUGCAUCCUCGCUGGGAUGGACAAGAAGGCGGAGAAGGUACGAAGCGAGUUCAAGGUCCCGGACAAGCGCUUCUGGUACCUUAAGCUGCGCUCGCUCAUCUCGCUGCGCGAUUGGGACGCCCUCGACACCUUUGCGCGCACGAAGAAGUCGCCGAUCGGCUACGAGCCCUGGGUCGACGAGCUUAUUCGUGCUGGCGCACACCGUCAGGCUGUCAAGUACGUCGAGCGGUGCGACGUGCGAAACAGGGUUGAGCUGUAUGUCAAGUGCGGAGAGUGGGUCAUGGCCGGGCAGGAGUGCGUCCGGCGGGGCGAGAGCGGUCGGCUGCACGACAUCAAGGCCCGCUCGCCGAACAAUAUCAUCGCGGCGCAGCUCGACGAGCUCCUCCAGGACAUGAGCCAUACGCACUAG